AAUAGAGUCUGAUUACAAAGCACAUUUUUAUUAAGAAGUCUUUUGAAGUAACUGCACAAUGGGUUUACACGUAUUUUGGCCAGCCAGUGCUUGUUUAACGCUUUUCGUAGUUGGCAUUAUAAUGGUACUUCUCAAAUAUGGACCACGUAUUUGUAAAGUACGUCAUGAAUCUCUUCCCUCCGAUCAAGAAUGGGAGGGAAAAACCUAUUCUCGUAAACUUUCUGUUUCUUUAGCAUAACUGACAUAUUUUAAACAUAUUUUAAAAUUCUUUUAAUAUUUAGAAAUAUAUAG